AAGUCCUUGAUUAGGAGAGUGUGAGAGCUUUGGUCCCAACUGGCUGUGCCUAUAGGCUUGUCACUAGGAGAACAUUUGUGUUAAUUGCACUGUGCUCUGUCAAGGAAACUUUGAUUUAUAGCUGGGGUGCACAAAUAAUGGUUGCCGGUCGCACAUGGAUUCGGUAGAACUUUGCCUUCCUGAAUCUUUUUCCCUGCACUACGAGGAAGAACUUGAAUGAGACCUGCCUCAUCAGUCAUGGGAUCAUAGUGUCACAGAUGAAAAAGCAACCAUCAGCUGAAUUGUACUGAACUACACACUUGGCUAAUUCAUCUUAUUGCUCUACACAUCUAAAGGAAGGCUCAUUCUGUUCUUGGAGUCUAGACAGCAUCAGGAGUUGGGCUCAGUGAACAAAACUUUAAUGUCUAGAGCAUUUAUGAGGGUUUUAAUGAUUGGAAAAUCUAUCCUGAGAAUGUGGUCACCAUAUGUGACAGCCUUGCUUUCUAUCUUGUCUUCAGUUUCUGGGGCUUCUCUGCAGAAUGUCAAACAAAGAUCGACACAUUGAUUCCAGCUGUUCGUCCUUCAUCAAGACGGAACCUUCCAGCCCGGCCUCCCUGACGGACAGCGUCAACCACCACAGCCCUGGUGGCUCAUCAGACGCCAGUGGGAGCUACAGUUCAACCAUGAAUGGCCAUCAGAACGGACUUGACUCGCCACCUCUCUACCCUUCUGCUCCUAUCCUGGGAGGCAGUGGUCCUGUCAGGAAACUGUAUGAUGACUGCUCCAGCACCAUCGUUGAAGAUCCCCAGACCAAGUGUGAAUACAUGCUCAACUCGAUGCCCAAGAGACUGUGUUUAGUGUGUGGUGACAUCGCUUCUGGGUACCACUAUGGGGUAGCAUCAUGUGAAGCCUGCAAGGCGUUCUUCAAGAGGACAAUACAAGGCAACAUAGAAUACAGCUGCCCUGCCACGAAUGAAUGUGAAAUCACAAAGCGCAGACGUAAAUCCUGCCAGGCUUGCCGCUUCAUGAAGUGUUUAAAAGUGGGCAUGCUGAAAGAAGGGGUGCGUCUUGACAGAGUACGUGGAGGUCGGCAGAAGUACAAGCGCAGAAUAGAUGCGGAGAACAGCCCAUACCUGAACCCUCAGCUGGUUCAGCCAGCCAAAAAGCCAUAUAACAAGAUUGUCUCACAUUUGUUGGUGGCUGAACCGGAGAAGAUCUAUGCCAUGCCUGACCCUACUGUCCCUGACAGUGACAUCAAAGCCCUCACUACACUGUGUGACUUGGCUGACCGAGAGUUGGUGGUUAUCAUUGGAUGGGCGAAGCAUAUUCCAGGCUUCUCCACGCUGUCCCUGGCGGACCAGAUGAGCCUUCUGCAGAGUGCUUGGAUGGAAAUUUUGAUCCUUGGUGUCGUAUACCGAUCUCUUUCGUUUGAGGAUGAACUUGUCUAUGCAGACGAUUAUAUAAUGGACGAAGACCAGUCCAAAUUAGCAGGCCUUCUUGAUCUAAAUAAUGCUAUCCUGCAGCUGGUAAAGAAAUACAAGAGCAUGAAGCUGGAGAAAGAAGAAUUUGUCACCCUCAAAGCUAUAGCUCUUGCUAAUUCAGACUCCAUGCACAUAGAAGAUGUUGAAGCCGUUCAGAAGCUUCAGGAUGUCUUACAUGAGGCGCUGCAGGAUUAUGAAGCUGGCCAGCACAUGGAAGACCCUCGUCGAGCUGGCAAGAUGCUGAUGACACUGCCACUCCUGAGGCAGACCUCUACCAAGGCCGUGCAGCAUUUCUACAACAUCAAACUAGAAGGCAAAGUCCCCAUGCACAAACUUUUUUUGGAAAUGCUGGAGGCCAAGGUCUGACUAAAAGCUCCCUGGGCCUUCCCAUCCUUCAUGUUGAAAAAGGGAAAAUAAACCCAAGAGUGACGUCGAAGAAACUUAGAGUUUAGUUAACAACAUCAAAAAUCAACAGACUGCACUGACAAUUUAGCAGCAAGACUAUGAAGCAGCUUUCAGAUCCCUCCAUAGCUUCCUGAUGAGUUUCUUUCUACUUUCUCCACUAUCUUCUUUCCUCUUCCUUCCCACAUUUCUCUUCCUCUUUAUUUUUUCUCCCUUCCUUCUUUCCCCCUCCCUUAUUUCUUUGCUUCUUUCAUUCCUAGUUCCCAUUCUCCUUUAUUUUCUUCCCAUCUGCCUGCCUGCCUUCUUUCUUUCCUUUGCUACUCUUGUUCCUCCCUUUACUCAUCUUCCUCCUGUUUUCUAAAUUUUAAAUAGCUUUAGUUGUAAAAAAAUAAAAAUAAAAAGCCUUCCUUCUGCCUUUCCUUUCUCUUUCUUCCCUUUUUUCCUUUUUCCCUUUCCCCUUUCCUUUCCUUCUGAUCUUCUUUCCAUCUUUCUUUUUCUUCCUUCUGCUGCUGAACUUUUAAAAGAGGUCUCUAACUGAAAAGAGAUGGAAGCCAGCCCUGCCAAAGGAUGGAGAUCCGUAAUAUGGAUGCCAGUGAACUUAUUGUGAACCAUACCGUCCCCAGUGACUAAGGAAUCAAAGAGAGAGAACCAACGUACCUAAAAGUACAGUGCAACAUAUACGAAUUGACUGAGUGCAGUAUUAGAUUUCAUGGGAGCAGCCUCUAAUUAGACAACUUAAGCAACGUUGCAUCGGCUGCUUCUUAUCAUUGCUUUUCCAUCUAGAUCAGUUACAGCCAUUUGAUUCCUUAAUUGUUUUUUCAAGUCUUCCAGGUAUUUGUUAGUUUAGCUACUAUGUAACUUUUUCAGGGAAUAGUUUAAGCUUUAUUCAUUCAUGCAAUACUAAAGAGAAAUAAGAAUACUGCAAUUUUGUGCUGGCUUUGAACAAUUAUGAACAAUAAUGAAGGACAAAUGAAUCCUGAAGGAAGAUUUUUAAAAAUGUUUUGUUUCUUCUUACAAAUGGAGAUUUUUUUGUACCAGCUUUACCACUUUUCAGCCAUUUAUUAAUAUGGGAAUUUAACUUACUCAAGCAAUAGUUGAAGGGAAGGUGCAUAUUAUCACGGAUGCAAUUUAUGUUGUGUGCCAGUCUGGUCCCAAACAUCAGUUUCUUAACAUGAGCUCCAGUUUACCUAAAUGUUCACUGACACAAAGGAUUAGAUUACACCUACAGUGACUCUGAGUAGUCACACAUAUAAGCACUGCACAUGAGAUAUAGAUCCGUAGAAUUAUCAGGAGUGCACCUCUCUACUUGGGAGGUACAGUUGCCAUAUGAUUUCUAGCUGCCACGGUGGUUAGGAAUGUGAUACUGCCUGUUUGCAAAGUUACAGACCUUGUCUCAGAAGGAGCUGUGAGCCAAUAUUCAUUUAAGAGGCAAUAAGGCAAAUGCCAGAAUUAAAAACAAAAUCAUCAAAGACAGAAAACGCCUGACCAAAUUCUAAAACCUAAUCCAUAUAAGUUUAUUCAUUUAGAAAUGUUCGUUUAAAUUAAUCUGCAGUUUUUACCAAGAGCUAAGCCAAUAUAUGUGCUUUUCAACCAGUAUUGUCACAGCAUGAAAGUCAGUCAGGUUCCAGACUGUUAAGAGGUGUAAUCUAAUGAAGAAAUCAAUUAGAUGCCCCAAAAUCUACAGUCGCUGAAUAACCAAUAAACAGUAACCUCCAUCAAAUGCUAUACCAAUGGACCAGUGUUAGUAGCUGCUCCCUGUACUAUGUGAACAGUCUUAUUCUAUGUACACAGAUGUAAUUAAAAUUGUAAUCCUAACAAACAAAAGAAAUGUAGUUCAGCUUUUCAAUGUUUCAUGUUUGCUGUGCUUUUCUGAAUUUUAUGUUGCAUUCAAAGACUGUUGUCUUGUUCUUGUGGUGUUUGGAUUCUUGUGGUGUGUGCUUUUAGACACAGGGUAGAAUUAGAGACAAUAUUGGAUGUACAAUUCCUCAGGAGACUACAGUAGUAUAUUCUUUUCCUUACCAGUAAUAAGGUUCUUCCUAAUAAUUAAUUAAGAGAUUGAAACUCCAAACAAGUAUUCAUUAUGAACAGAUACACAUCAAAAUCAUAAUAAUAUUUUCAAAACAAGGAAUAAUUUCUCUAAUGGUUUAUUAUAGAAUACCAAUGUAUAGCUUAGAAAUAAAACUUUGAAUAUUUCAAGAAUAUAGAUAAGUCUAAUUUUUAAAUGCUGUAUAUAUGGCUUUUGCUCAAUCAUCUCUCAGAUGUUGUUAUUAACUCGCUCUGUGUUGUUGCAAAACUUUUUGGUGCAGAUUCGUUUCCAAAACUAUUGCUACUUUGUGUGCUUUAAACAAAAUACCUUGGGUUGAUGAAACAUCAACCCAGUGCUAGGAAUACUGUGUAUCUAUCAUUAGCUAUAUGGGACUAUAUUGUAGAUUGUGGUUUCUCAGUAGAGAAGUGACUGUAGUGUGAUUCUAGAUAAAUCAUCAUUAGCAAUUCAUUCAGAUGGUCAAUAACUUGAAAUUUAUAGCUGUGAUAGGAGUUCAGAAAUUGGCACAUCCCUUUAAAAAUAACAACAGAAAAUACAACUCCUGGGAAAAAAAGGUGCUGAUUCUAUAAGAUUAUUUAUAUAUGUAAAUGUUUAAAAAGAUUAUUUUCCAGAAAGUUUGUGCAGGGUUUAAGUUGCUACUAUUCAACUACACUAUAUAUAAAUAAAAUAUAUACAAUAUAUACAUUGUUUUCACUGUAUCACAUUGAAGUACUUGGGCUUCAGAAGUAAGAGCCAACCAACUGAAAACCUGAGAUGGAGAUACGUUCAAAGAACGAGAUACAAUUUUUUAGUUUUCAGUUUAACUCUCAGCAUUACAAAAGAGUAAGUAUCUCACAAAUAGGAAAUACAACUAAAAUGUAGAUUUAGAAAGAACUGCACGGGCUUUAGGGUAAUUGCUCAUCUUAAACCUCACUAGAGGGAAGUCUUUUCAAGUUUCAAGCAAGACCAUUUACUUAAUGUGAAGUUUUGGAAAGUUAUAAAGGUGUAUGUUUUAGCCAUAUGAUUUUAAUUUUAAUUUUGCUUCUUUUAGGUUUGUUCUUAUUUAAAGCAAUAUGAUUGUGUGACUCCUUGUAGUUACACUUGUGUUUCAAUCAGAUCAGAUUGUUGUAUUUAUUCCACUAUUUUGCAUUUAAAUGAUAACAUAAAAGAUAUAAAAAAUUUAAAACUGCUAUUUUUCUUAUAGAAGAGAAAAUGGGUGUUGGUGAUUGUAUUUUAAUUAUUUAAGCGUCUCUGUUUACCUGCCUAGGAAAACAUUUUAUGGCAGUCUUAUGUGCAAAGAUCGUAAAAGGACAAAAAAUUUAAACUGCUUCUAAUAAUCCAGGAGUUGCAUUAUAGCCAGUAGUAAAAAUAAUAAUAAUAAUAAUAAUAAAACCAUGUCUAUAGCUGUAGAUGGGCUCCACAUCUGUAAAGCAAUCAAUUGUAUAUUUUUGUGAUGUGUACCAUACUGUGUGCUCCAGCAAAUGUCCAUUUGUGUAAAUGUAUUUAUUUUAUAUUGUAUAUAUUGUUAAAUGCAAAAGGAGAUAUGAUUCUGUAACUCCAAUCAGUUCAGAUGUGUAACUCAAAUUAUUAUGCCUUUCAGGAUGAUGGUAGAGCAAUAUUAAACAAGCUUCCACUUUUGACUGCU